CCCCUCAACCACAAGGUGUUGUGUCCAAGGGUUUCUUAUCCUUUCCGGAAUGCCACCAUAUCAUCUUCCCAAUCAUGCAUGUUCCACUCUACCUAUCACCCGGAACCAUGUCAAUCCCCGGCCUCUUUGCCAAGCCACUCUCUCACCUCCCUGCAAAACGAGGAUUGUCGACGCUUACGUCGAGGAUUAGGAUUACUAUGCUUAAUCAACAGGAUCAUCAUCAGGGAAUAAAAGGCCACGAUGAAACCAGCAGCAGCAGGCCUCUGUACCUCGGGAUAGACUUCGGAACUUCGGGCGCCAGAUACGCUCUUAUUGACAAGCAAGGAGCCAUCCAUUCCCAGGGCAAAAGAACUUACCCACCCGUUGGCAAAGAUGCAACCUUGGAAAGCUCCUGGAGAGAAGCACUGUUCGACCUCCUGAGUGAUAUCCCAUCCAUUCACCGGCCAUCAAUCUCCUCCAUCUCCAUUGACGGGACUUCAUCAACCGCUCUCAUCAUUGACAGGAACAAUGGAGAGCUUCUUGCUGGUCCUUUUCUCUACAACGAGAGCUUCCCGGACGCGCUGCCCACGGUGGCAUCGAUCGCUCCUGCAAACCACACCGUCUGCUCCGGUUCUUCCACCCUGUGCAAGCUCGUGUCCUGGUGGGAGAAGAAUCCUUGGAACGGUGAUGAUUUGGCGAUAUUGAUGCACCAGUCGGACUGGCUGCUCUGGCUUUUGCAUGGAAAAUACGGCGUUUCUGAUUACAACAAUACUCUCAAGUUAGGGUAUGAUCCAGAGAUGGACUCCUACCCAAGCUGGCUCAUGUCACAGCCAUACUCCCACAUGUUGCCUUCUUCUGUCAGAGCACCAGGAGUUUCCAUCGGUUCAAUCAAACAGGAUAUAUGCUCACAAUACGGCUUUUCCAAGAAUUGCCUCGUCUGUACAGGUACAACAGACAGCAUUGCCGCGUUUCUUGCCGCGCGCACCACUGAUCCUGGAAAAGCCGUGACAUCGCUGGGUUCGACUCUGGCAAUCAAGCUGGUGAGCAGGGUUCGCGUGGAUGACGCGAGGUUCGGCGUCUACAGCCACCGCCUGGACGACCUGUGGCUCGUUGGCGGGGCGUCUAACACGGGUGGAGCAGCGCUCCGGAAGCUCUUCAGCGACGACCAGCUGGUGGCCCUCAGCAGGGUCAUCGACCCGUCCUUGCCUUCUCCUCUCGACUACUACCCGCUGCCCGGCAAGGGUGAGAGGUUCCCGAUCUCCGACCCCGACAUGGCGCCCAGGCUGGAGCCUCGGCCUCAGAGCGACGCCGAGUACUUGCAUGGCAUUUUGGAGUCCAUCGCGCGGAUUGAGGCCAGUGGGUACAAACUGCUGAAGGGGCUCGGCGCGACAGCGGUGGAGGAGGUGCUGACGGCGGGGGGAGGGGCGCAGAAUGACAAGUGGACGGCGAUCCGGAAGAGAGUGCUGGGCGUGCCGGUUCGGAAGGCGGAGCAGACUGAGGCGGCCUACGGAGCUGCGUUACUAGCGCUAAGGGGUGCUACUAGUUCGGAGUUGGACCCUUGAGGCGUUUUGUUUUUGAGGGUAUGUGAAUCUUGAGGUUCCACCGGGGGACUUUAGGUGUAUAUAUGAUGAACUGUCCGAUCUUUAAUUGCCGUCCAGAUCUCCUUUCCUCCCCGGCGAUCAUAAGCUUCAUUCUUAGAUGAUUCAAUAAUGGGAUCAAGAUAAAAGAUCAUGUUCCUCCUUUUCAUAGUCUUUAGAAUCUUAUUCAAAAUCA